UUAUUUUUACACGCCAAGUUUACAGGAACCGCAAGCAGUAAAGUGAUAAAUUCAAAAAGAGCAAGGCGUUUAAACCUUCUCAGUGAAGAUAAAGCGAUGGAGGACGAAUGGGAGGAAGAGGAGCAGCUGGUUGUGGCCGAGCUCUCCGGAGUGAUUGACUCGGAGGUGCUGUGUCAGCGCGGCGGCGUGUGUAAGGUGCUGGGCAUGAACACCGAGCAGCCCAUGGUGCAGGUGGACCGCUACGUGUUCGCCGGGGAGUACGAGGACGCACUGGGCACCUGCGUGAUCUUUGAAGAGCAGAGAAACGAUCGGACAGAAUCGAGCUCUAGCCCUGUGCUCAGAUACACGUGUCACACCGCGAAGAAGCUGAUGCUGCAGAGGACCUUCCUGUCCGAGAGGAAGGAGGGAGAGCCGAGCUCCGGCGGCAUCGAGGUCCUGUCUCUAAGCGAGGGGGACGUGUGUGGCAGGGCCAACACGGUGUGUCACUACGCCCUGGAUCCCAAGGAGCUUCGCAGACUAAAUGCUGGAGAGGACAUCAGCGACCAGUCGGACACUGAGAAAGCAGAGACACAACAGAGCUGUGUGAAAGAGGACAGUGUGGAGGGAGAGGUGAGGGAAAAGCUCACAGAGUGAGUAACAGCCUGGAGCUGAACUCAGCUUUACUUAAUACGUUUUGACCAGGGGAGACUUUGGGAACACAUCCUAGACAGGGAGCCAAUCCAUUACAAGACACUCAUACAAAUGCUAAAGGCAAUUUGGGAACGGUGUUAACCUAGUCAUGUCUUUGGCCUGUGGGAGGAAACUGGAGCACCCGGAGGAAACCCAUCAGCAAUGGGAGAACACGAUGCAAACUCCAUGCACACAACCCCCGAGGCGGGAAUCGAACCCUUAACCUCGAACCCAUAACCCUUUACCACCGUGCCUAAAGGACGAAAAAAAAUCUUGUAAGUUUGAAAUAAGUACACUGAGCAUCAAAAGAAACAUAUAUUCUAUUUUGUAUGUGCUAUGUGAAAGCCCUUUAAAAUAAUAAUAUGCAAAAUAAACAAUGUCAAGGUUGAGAAAAACCAAAACUAAGGAUUAUUACAGAACAAGUUCAUGCAUGAUCAAAAACUAAUCACAGCACACAUCAUGGAAACAUGAACACGAGUCCUGGUGAUACUGUAUCCUGAUACACUGUACCCUGAAGCAAGUGUAUUGUACUUUCUGUGCCUAUGCUCUGAAGCUGUCAUUAAGCUACUGCCUGUCUUGGACAGGAGUCAUAACAUGUGGGCUUGGAUGAACAUACACAGGUUUUGUUCCAUCAGAGCAUCCAGCAAGGUUUGAAACUCCUAACUGAGAGACAUUCGAGACACCAUGCAACGUGAUGCUAGCUCUCACCAGCCUUCAUCAAUCCAGGGGCCCUUCAUUUCAGUGUGUAUUCUUUUAUAGAAGCAUACGACUUUUGUUCAAGCUUUAAUGAAUAGACCUUCAGGGUUUAUUCAAUUAAAGUAACAGUUUUUGGUCAAUAGGUUAAAGUUGUAGAGGUUCAAAGAAUAAUAAAAUAGAUUUAUUGCACUGAUGUUUAUUCAAACUAAGUUUAUUUUAGUGCUUAAUAUGUGUUUAUAUCCUGUUUUGUGAAGCACUGCAUAAUACAUAUUUUGUUUCAUGAUCAUUAUUGA